AUGUUCGCCAAUACAAAAACAUAUAAUCAGCUAUUAACAUCUUUUCCGAAGGAUUCAUUUCUAAGUGAAAAACAUGGUACUAAAGUCUAUGUUCCAAGUAACAUCAAAUCAGUGUUGGAUACAGGAAAAGUUGCCUUUAUAAAACAUGUUGACCAAGAUUUUUCAGUUGACAAAAUCAAGCAUGCAUUAACAAUAAAUGGAUUUAAAUUUGACAGUGCUGAACGCAUUUAUGUUAAAAAAGAUAAUAAACCAACAAAAACAAUAAACGUUAUUUUUGUUGAUAAAUUAAACUGUGAAACAUUUUUAAAAACCGGAUUAAAAAGUGAUUAUUUGCAUUAUGAUGCUGAACCGGCUAAACCAAAUAUACAACCCGUUCAGUGCUACAAAUAUUGUAAAUUUGGACAUCCAGCAGAAUAUUGCAAAAAUGUUGAAAUAUGUAAUAAAUGCAGUGGUCCACAUGAAGCAAACAUUUGUACAAGUACAGAUGUUAAAUGCAUAAAUUGUGGCGAACAACAUAUGACAACACCAAAACAAUCUACCAAAUACCAACGUGGAAAUCAUCACAAUAGUAAUAAUAAUGAAAUGAUUGAAGAAUUAAUAGAAAAAAUGACGUAUACAAUUGUUCAUGCACUGUCAUCUGCUAUGCAACACAUGGUUACAUCAAUUGUUUCGAUGAAAAUGCAUCGACAGCAAAUACCACCGUUAUUACCAUCUACAUUGCCAGUGAACCUAGUAACCAGCCGCAGAGGUGAGACGAUGCCACCACCAAUACAAGGAGAAACACAAGCAAUAACAACACAAAUUCAGCCUGAUCCACCUUAA